AUGAGCUCUCCCGACGAGAAGACGCCUCUCGUGGGCGCGACGCCGCGCUUUGAGGGCGACACUGCGCCUGUAUCCAGCUCUGCGACCGCACUGGCUCCCUCUCUGUCCAGCGAUGACCCUGUGAUCGCCUCUCCAGGCCGCCCCAAGACUCGCGUUCGUGUCGGUCUCGACGCUGCAGUCCUUGAUAACCAGAAGAAGUGGAAGCGGUUGACCGACAUCGACGACGACAAUAGCACAGCCAAGAGCAUGGCCAGUGAAGUGCAACUGGAGUUCAUGAGGCACCGACAGCAGCUCGCGCAUGAACAGAAACGUCGACUGGGCUCUGGAAUCCCCACGUACAACUUGGACUCGGCUGACGUGGAGCAAGAGGCUGAAGAGGACCCAAUCUUAGCAGCUACAGAGUACGGUACUGCCCUCGAGGAAGAUCGGUACCUCAUUGCAGCAGCCUUUAUCAAAGACGGCGUGCAUGGCCGCAAGAUCGGCUACCGAUUGGAUCGAGACGCACUGCUUUUGAACAACUUGUUCCACUCUGAGACGUACAGACUUGUAUACAUUUUGGUGGUGGCCAUUAUGUGUUCAUUGGCAUUUGUCGAGAACCCUGGCGACGAGAACAUCAACACUUAUCUACUGGUGGAUCUUCUCUGUCUCUUUGUCUUCGGUGUGGACUUGGCUAUCCGAUGGUACAUGAGCUCUGUGGAGACACAACACAAGUACGUGACGAGACAACCGUGGGCUGUAGUGAGGAUGAUUUUGCUGCUCAUCACGUGCGCGGAUUUAUUGGUGAAUCUGCUGUUCCCGACCGUCAAUCCGUACCGUUAUUCCAGGGCUCUACGACCGUUCUUCUUCAUCUGCCGAGGAAGAAACAUUCGUAUUAUCUUUAGCAGUUUCCUGCAUGCAUUGAGAGAGGUGUUGAUUGUGCUGGGAUUGAGCUUCUGCUUCGUCGCGUUCUUUGGACUUGUCGGGUAUCUUAUCUUCUCGGACACGAGCGCCGACCCGAGUGCCACGUUCUUCAACUCGCUCUCGUCUUCCAUGUACACGAUGCUGCUGAUCCUCAACUGCAUGCCAUAUAUGGCUAGAAGCAUGUAUCCGUACUACAAAAUGACCCACUGGAGCGCCAUCUUCUUCGUCCUCUUCGUCCUACUCACCAACUUGUUCCUGCUCAAACUCACUAUCGCCGUCUCCUACAAGUCGUACAAGAAGAACACCGAGGGUAUGCUGUACAAGCGUCUACAGAAGCGCAAGGCGGCGCUGUAUGCUGCCUUCGACAUCCUCGCUCAGAACGUCAACUUUAACGACGAUGACGCCCCCACCAAUCCGCCAGUUUCCGGUACGCCACUUAACGGAGCUGGUGACAUCACUCUGGUCUCGAACGCCCCCAUGCUCAACGCCGCCAAUCGCCGUGGGUCAUCGCGUUUCUUCCUGGGCACAGUCGACCGACGCUCGUCUUUCAACCUCACCAAUCCGGCCCCGACCUCCAGCAACCUCGUGACGCCUGUCAACAAGCGUCAGAUCUCGCUGGACUCGUGGAUUAGUGUGUGCGAAUACCUCAAGCCCAAGUGGACGGCUACAGAUGCCGAACUCGUGUUCAAUACGGUGGACAUUGAGCACGUGGGGUUCCUGGACCUGACAGGCUUCUACCAACUCUGCUCGUUACUCAGCGUGCAGCUUGAGCGUCCGACGCUGUUCUCCAACAGCCUCAUGCGUCGCUGCUGCACGGCACGCCAACGCCAGUCAAUCCGCCGCUUCCGGAACCAAGUUCGCAGUACGUUGCUGUACGAGGUUCGUCUCUUCGGUCAAUAUCGAGUGGUGCUAGCCGAGCUGGCGGUCGGAAUGCUCAUCUGUCUCUCGGUCGUGCAAGCUGUUCAGGUGAACAACAUCCAGUUGGCCUUCUCCUCGAAUCACUCGUGGCGUCUACUAGGCUUCUUCUUGCUGAAUCUCUUCACGUUGGAAGUUCUGGUCAAGAUGUUCGCCUUUGGCUACAACGAGUUCUUCACACGACCGUUCUGCAAACUGGACUUGGCUGUCGUGAGUGUGGGCUGGUUGUUCUACGUGCUCACGACGCUGUCGAAGCCUCCGAACAUCUCGCUGGUGUUUUACGACAUGGCGCUGGCUGUGCGAUCGCUGCGCUUCUUGAAGCUAUUGAACCUGUUCCCGCCGUUCCACGAGAUCAUGUACACUAUGAAGGCCAUCAUGCCGCUGAUCAUGCAGCUCCUGCUCGUGAUCUUCAGUGUAAUGUACGCAUUCGCUAUCGUUACACAGGCCAAUUACGGUAUCGAGUUACGUGACUUCCCGGCCAGUAAACAAUCCCUAUCGCCCGGUUGGUAUGCGCAGCGUGAGGAAUUCCAGACGGAGACGUUCGAAGGAACUCUGGUCACUCUGUUCGGCGUGGCUAACCUUGCUGGGUGGGACGCUGUAAUGGACGCCGCGCACGCCAUGACGAACGCGGACUCAACGUACGUCUUCUUCUUCGCGUACCGCAUGACGAUGAGCAACAUUCUGCUGCCGAUCUUCGUUGGUUUUUUGGUGGAAUCCUUUGUCUCAAAUGCCAAGACGGUGGAGUCGACAACCAGCUACGUGAACUCUGCGCACCAGGUACAAGUGGACGAUGAAGAGGACCGGAUGACGCUGUUGGAGACGCGCCACAUGCAGGACGACAACGAUCUCGAGACCGCCAGUAAACCUCCAUUAUCGACUAGUAAACUGUUGCAGCAGCGUCGUGUGGAUGAGCCGCCCGUGUCGCCCAGUUCCGUGUCUGAUUCCUCGGCGAGCGAGGUUCGCUUCAAGUACAGACGACGUGGCAGUGUGGUGCACGACCAAAUGUUCGAUGCUGUCAAGCUAUCGGAUGUGAGUCGUCUGACUCUGCAGGUGGAACAGAAGGAGGAGGAGCUGGCCCAGCAGGACAUUGAGAUCCGCAAGCUGGAGGGCAACGUGCUGAGUAUGAAGAACCGACUGAAUCAGUCGCAGCACGUGAUUCUGGCCUACGAGACCAAGAUGGAGGAGCUCAGUCGCGCUCUGCGUGAAGUGCAAGAACGGCAAUUGGAGCUGGAAACAAGGCAGAACCACUCGUUACCGCAACCUACAUCAGAAGGAGCACUGAACUCGCACGGACGCUCUCGUCCGCGUGACCGCGCGUCGUCCUGGAAGCUCUGGACUGCCAACGUGUAG